CUCGACCACCACACGUGGGCGGGAUCAGAGAAUACCACGUCACAGGUAUGCGCAAUGAAAUGCUUCCUGUUUUCCAUUUCCAGGCCAAACACCAUUGGCAAAGCACACGAUCAUUACACUGCGAGACUUUGGUUGACCAUGCAGCUGUUUGUGCGUGCUCAGACUCUCCACACCUUUCAGGUGUCUCGAUUAGAAACUGUCGCUGACAUCAAGGCUCAUAUUGAGGCAUUGGAGGGACUCUCCUGUGAUGACCAGGUGGUUUUUCUGUGCGGGGAACCCCUGCAGGACGAUGCUGUGAUUGGCCAAUCGGCACUGGAGUUCAGCACUCUUGAGGUUAACCCUCGACUGUUGGGAGGCAAAGUCCAUGGCUCCUUGGCCAGAGCGGGGAAAGUCAGGGGACAGACUCCCAAGGUGGAUAAGCAGGAGAAGAAGAAAAAGAAGACUGGUAGGGCUAAAAGGAGGAUCCAGUAUAAUAGGCGCUUUGUGAAUGUGGUACCGACAUUUGGCAAGAAGAAGGGACCCAACGCCAACUCAUAAAACUAUUUGCCCAAAGCCUUGUGUCUGUCUCAUCACAGUUCAACAUUGACAUGACCAUUCAUGCAGUGAGCGCAAUGGACUGGGAGCAAUAUCUGUCAUUUAUAAUUACAUUUGUCACUGGACUGAUGGUCACUGUGAUGAAAUACAAUAAAACUCUGAGGAAAGAGUGGUACUCCACACCAAUUUGAUGGUUCCUUUACAUUGGGUGAAUUGAGCAGUUGUAUGAUUGGCUGUCUUUCUGAUGGUUCAGAAGUAGAUGAAAUGGACUCGAGAUUCCAAUUCUGUUUUGUUUCUUCCCCACUAACUGGUCUUUUGACGACUCAUCUUUUCACUUCAGAUCUUUUUCAGAGCUUAUCUGAUUGGUCAAAAGACCAAUUUAGUGAGAAUGGUCAGAAUUGGGCUGCCUGUCUAAAUACAGCCAUGGUGGCAUGAACACAAGGUA